UUUACGUUGUUUUGAAGAGAGCAUAAAAAACAUAUGUUUUCUGUAUUAAUAAAGUGAACGUAACAAAAUAAACACAAAACACUUGUAGAAUUCAAAUUUAUUCCAAACUUAGAUAGUAAAAUUUAGUGAUAAAGUGCCUUCGUGUCGAUUUUAUUUCAAAAAAGUUAAAAAAUGCGCCACUUGCUAUUGACAAUUACAUUGAUAGCUUCUACUGUAGCUCGAUUGGGGGAUGAUUUCCUUGUUGGCCGUAAACAGGUAAGUUAUAACACCAAAGAAUUGACGCCGGAUAAAUUUCUUGAACUUAGUCCACUUACCGAUGUAAAUCACCUUCGUGAUUCAGUGCGCGAGAUACUGAUUCCACGUGUUGUUGGCACUGACGGUCAUGAAAAGGUGAGAAAUUACAUUAAAAAGAGUUUGGAAGACUUGAAUUGGUCGGUGAAGUUACAUAAAUUUCACGACCAAGUUCCCAUAUUCGGAAAACUUCAUUUUCACAAUAUUAUUGCAUCUUUAAAUCCACAAGCGGAGCGCUUUUUGAUAUUAGCUUGUCAUUAUGAUAGCAAAUACAUGCCAGAUGUUGAAUUUCUUGGUGCAACUGAUUCUGCGGUACCGUGUGCAAUGUUGCUCAACUUAGCACACGUACUACGAAAAGAACUUGAGCCAUUCCGGAAUAAUCCGAAGUUAAGUUUAAUGUUGUUAUUUUUCGAUGGUGAAGAAGCUUUUAAAGAAUGGGGUCCACAUGAUUCAAUAUACGGAGCACGUCAUUUAGCUAAGAAAUGGGAGGCAGAAGGCUUUCUAGAUCGCAUCGAUAUGUUAGUGCUGUUAGAUUUAAUCGGUGCACCUGAUCCGAAAUUUUACAGUUUCUUUCAAAAUACUGAGAGCUGGUAUUCGAGACUAUUAUUAAUUGAAGAACGUCUUGCUGAAUCGAAUCUUUUAGAACGAUAUAGUACCAGUGGCGUUAUAAGACACAAUCCAAAUAGAUAUUUUCAACCAAAUGCAUUGCGAUCAUCAUUCAUUGAGGACGACCACAUACCGUUCUUAAGACGUGACGUACCAGUGUUACAUGUGAUACCUACUCCUUUCCCAUCAGUAUGGCAUACAAAGGAUGAUAAUGAAACAGUUAUUGAUUAUGCAACCACAGAAAAUAUAGCUAAAAUAAUACGUGUGUUUACAAUAGAAUAUCUGUUGGGUAUAUUAGAUAGUGAAAAAUAGUUGUAAAUUUUGUUAUAGUGUAGGAUAUUAAAUUCUUAAAUUAAUUUAUUAUUAAAGCUCUGAAACUAGAAACCUAUAUUAUAUGUUCUGAUAGCGUGUGUACUUAUAAAGUAAUUUAUUUCAGCUGCUAUUUGCCUAUCAAUAACUGCUUUUUCAAUACAUGUGAAUUAUCGUCUAAUUUUUUUAUCAUAACUGUAACAAUGUAUAUUUAUGCUUGUAAUUAUUUUUAAUGACGUAGGGUAUCUGAUAAUUAGUAAUUUGUUAUCAAUUAUAUGAGUUACUGAUUUGUUUCUGUAUUAAAAUUAAGCAAAUUACUUUUUUUAUUUCAUGCACAUUCUAAACAA